AUGGCAGGAGAGCCAGAGCCCCAGCGGCCAAAGAACCAUGGUGAGGAGAUCACAUUUGGAGGCAAGGGAUUUGCUGAGAGCAACCCCCAGGGUCUCAUUCCCAGUUGCAAGAGCAUGCCAUAAUGUCUGACCCGAGUCCCCUGGCUUCUUCUGCUCCUCAUCUCUCUGGGCCUCUUUGUGCUGAUGUUGGCCAUCCUGGUUCAAGUUUCCAGGAUUCAUGGAUACCCCCAGGGACAGACUCUGGAUCAGCAGGGGAGCUCCAGCUUGGAUGCUGUUCCUCAUGAGCAGACACACUCCAGCUUGGAGCAGAUCCAGCAUCAGCUGACUCAGAUCAAUGCCUCACUGGCUGGCCUGUGCCGGCCCUGCCCCUGGUACUGGGAGCUCUUCCAGGGAAGCUGCUACCUCUUCUCCAGGACUCUGGGCAGCUGGGAAGCCUCAGCCUCCGCCUGCCAGGCUCUUGGAGCUCACUUGGUGAUUGUCAACAGUAUUGAAGAGCAGAGAUUCAUGAAAUACUGGAAUAUGAGGAAGAACCGGCGCUCUUGGAUCGGCCUCAGUGACCACAGACAUGAAGGUUUCUGGCAUUGGGUGGAUGACACCCCCCUCCAGCUCAGCUUCUGGAAAAAAGGGGAGCCCAACAAUGAUGAGGAUGAGGACUGCGUGGAGCUGUUCAUGGAUGACUGGAAUGAUAAUAAGUGCACUGAAGAAAACUUCUGGGUCUGUGAGCAGCCCUCGGCUCCCUGCCCUGGUCACUGA